AUGAAAUGUUUUAAUUCUUUUGAUGUUAAUACUGAAAUCAUUUCUAAUAAAAAAGAGAAAAAAAAGAUAUCUGAUUUAGUACUAGAUGCUCUUAAUUUAGAUGUUGAAGAUGUUGAAAAAGGAAAUAAUGGAAUUGGAGUCGAAAAGGCUGAAUGGAUGGGAGUCGAAAAGGAUGAACAAAUUGAUGUUGGAAAAGACAGACAAAAAGCAGUCGAAUACUUUCAAAAAGCCACUAAUAUGGAAAAUGAUGAGAGUACCUUUGAUGACAAAAAAUCAGAAAAGUUUGAUAAAACUCACCCAAAAUUACAUAACCAACUACUAAACAACAAGAAAAGGAAAACCAUCGUAUGGAUGCCAAAAUUGACCCUCGAAGGAGCAAUUCAAGUAUUGGGUAAUGGACUUAAAAAGGAAGAAAAGUACCAAUUAGGUAAAAGAAAAGCUGUCAAUAACAGUAUGGUGUAUAAGGCCCUUCGAUGCUUACCAACAUAUGGAUUAUGCGUCUUCGAUCCUGGUGGAAAAUCAUUCCUGUUGUUCGACUUUGUCUCGUAG